AUGCCUACUGGUUCGGUUCUUGUUGCUGGUGGCACGGGCUACAUUGGCUCGUUCACCACCCUCGCCCUGCUCGACGCUGGCUACAAGGUUGUCGUUGCCGACAACCUGUACAACUCGUCCGCCGAGGCUCUCAGCCGCAUUGAGCAGAUCAGCGGCAAGAAGGCUGAGUUCGUCCAGCUCGAUGUCACCGACGAGAAGGGCUUCGACAAGGUGUUCGAGGCCCACCCCGACAUCGACAGCGUCAUCCACUUUGCCGCGCUGAAGGCCGUCGGCGAGUCGGGUGAGAAGCCCUUGGACUACUACCUGGUCAACGUCUACGGCACCAUCAACCUGCUGCGCUCGAUGGUGCGCCACAACGUCACCAACAUCGUCUUCUCCAGCUCGGCCACCGUCUACGGCGAUGCCACCCGCUUCCCCAACAUGAUCCCCAUUCCCGAGGACUGCCCUCUGGGCCCCACCAACCCCUACGGCAACACCAAGUUCGCCGUUGAGACCGCCAUCACCGAUGUCAUCAACGCCCAGCGCAACAACGCCACCAAGGCUGGCAACGAGGCUGAGGCCAAGAAGUGGAACGGCGCUCUGCUGCGCUACUUCAACCCGGCCGGUGCCCACCCCAGCGGCAUCAUGGGCGAGGACCCCCAGGGUGUCCCCUACAACCUGCUCCCGCUGCUGGCGCAGGUCGCCACCGGCAAGCGCGAGAAGCUGAUGGUGUUUGGCGAUGACUACGCCUCCCACGACGGCACCGCCAUCCGGGACUACAUCCACAUCCUGGACCUGGCUGACGGCCACCUCAAGGCCCUGAACUACCUCCGCGCCAACAACCCCGGUGUCCGCGCCUGGAACCUGGGUACCGGCAAGGGCAGCACCGUGUACGAGAUGAUCCGUGCCUUCUCCGCUGCCGUCGGCCGUGACCUGCCCUACGAGGUGGCCCCCCGCCGCGCUGGUGACGUGCUCAACCUUACCGCCAACCCCACUCGUGCCAACACCGAGCUUGGCUGGAAGGCUGAGCGCACCCUGGAGGAUGCCUGCGCGGACCUCUGGCGCUGGACCGAGAACAACCCCCAGGGAUACCGUCAGCAGCCGCCGGCGGAGCUGGUGGCCCAGCUGAAGAAGUAA